CAUAAGGAAGUGAGGGAAACUCUUUUACUACAUAAGUGAGGUGGGGGGAGGCAGCCGCUCAGUAGUUCACCACUUUACUGACAGAUGUGGUAAGCAUUGUCCCCAUCUCGUCACUGCAAGCUGUCUAGGGGACUGAGUGCCAGCCCCACACAUUUAUUCACAGUUACCAAAGCUGGACCUGGCACUGAGAGAAGAAGUAACCAAUCAUUCCUGGAUGGAUCUGCUCAUCUCCUGAUACACUCUCUGAGAAACCCGUGUCAGUGGCAAAGGGAUAAACCACAAUGAUUCCACCAGGCGAAUGUAUGUACGCAGGAAGGAAACGAAGAAAGCCGGUCCAGAAACAAAGGCCAUCAGCCGGGAGUGAAAAGUCUAAUCCUUCCAAAAGACACAGAGAUCGAUUAAAUGCGGAGCUAGACCGACUUGCUAGUCUGUUGCCUUUUCCACCUGAAAUUAUCACCAAGCUGGAUAAACUGUCUAUCCUGAGGCUUAGUGUGAGCUAUCUAAGGGUAAAGAGUUUCUUCCAAGCAAUUGAGGAACAGCACUCCAAGAAGCAACCGUGCCAGCCGGUCGGUCACGCAAUAAAAGAAGACAAGCUGUCCAGUGGGACUGCCAUGCCAGAAGGAGAGCUCCUGCUAGAAUCCCUGAACGGGUUUGCGCUGGUUGUGAGUACAGAAGGCAUGAUAUUCUAUGCUUCAGCAACAAUUUUAGACUAUUUGGGCUUCCACCAGACUGAUGUCAUGCAUCAAAACGUAUAUGAUUAUAUCCAUGUGGAUGACCGUCAGGAAUUCUGCAGGCAGCUUCAUUGGGCUAUGAAUCCUCAACAGAUGGUGCUCACACAGGAAUCACAGACAGAAACAGGUGAAGAUUAUUUUCUCAACAAGCUUUUCAAGGCACAAGAAUCAAACAUCAGUUCUUCAGAAUAUUCAUCAUUUUUAAAUCGGUGCUUCAUCUGCCGUGUCCGAUGCCUUUUGGAUAGUACCUCAGGAUUUCUGACAAUGCAGUUUGAAGGCAAGCUGAAGUUCCUCUUUGGUCAGAAGAAGAAGAAUUCUUCGGGAAAGGUUUUUACACCACAGAUGGCUUUGUUCUGCAUAGCGGUGCCACUUCUGCUUCCUCCAGCCAGUGACAUGAAAAUGAAAAGCAUGCUCAUGAGGACACAGAAAAAACCUGGUGCGACUUCCAACACGGAUAACACAGUGAAACCUGUAGCCGGUGUCUGUGAUGCAGAGCACAGCGCAAGGAACAUUCACCAAGGGACAUGUUUUCCUAACAUGUUACACAGUGCAGAAAACCAGAUAAAAUUAAUGAAUACAGGUGAUAAUGGAAUAUCUUUGUUGAAAGUCCGAGCAAACGAAGACCAGUGGGUUUGGGCAAAUGCACCCUUGUUGUACAGAAAUGGAUAUUCGGAUUAUGUAGUGGUUCCAGCACAAUCCCAAAGGGAGGAUGAGCAGCUGAUUAAGAAACAAAAUAACAUGGGCAUAAUGAAGAGUGGCAGAGAUGCACUUCAAGGUCACAGUACCUCCGAACCUGUGCUAAACAUGAAACACCAUCUUACUUGGGGGAAACAGGGGAUGGAGGAUCUAAAAGCCAAGCUUCACCCGACUAAGAAUGAAACUUAUUUACCUGAAGAAACCAGCAUGUUUUCUAAGCACUUUUCUAAUGUACAAAAUAACUGCAACACCAACAUUGGAUGGGCAGUAAAAAACCCUACCAAUUCCCGGUCAAGUCAUCAGCCAGUUGGGACAUUCUCAAACAGGACAAACAGGACUUAUUACAGCUCAGACCAAAUCCAUUCUGGAACCGUUGUCAACGGGAGACCCAACCAUGGUAGCUCAGAACAUUUUCAAUCAUAUGGCCAGCAGCAGCAGCAUUCGGUGGACUCAUACCUUUCAGAUAACAUCAAACUGGAAGGUUCCUUCAUAUCUCCAGAUAUUCUAUAUGAUUCAGGGAUGCCUUUAAAUAUACCCAUAAAAAUCGAAAAUGAUUCUGAUUCUGAGGGCAGGCCUGAGAUUUACUCAGAGACCAAUGCCCCUAGCUGGUUUGGUGAGAACACUGCACUAAGAAAAUCAAUGCUGGACUUUCCUGAAGGGCUACAUGUUAAGACUGAAUCGGACCUCACAGAGCAAAUUUCAUGUCUGAAACCAAAGCACCAUAUCCACUCACCUCGCAGAGGACAUUGCUUUAUGCCGGCUACUAAUAUCAACCAUAUUAAUGUAAAUAGACCUUAUAAAGGGAUUUUCAACAAAGAGGCAGCCCAAUUCUGCCCCCAGAAGUGUGCCUACUUAGAAAGUAUGCUGAGCCUCCAAGGCGAUUGCCUAAACAACCAGUUCUAUGCAGCUGCGUCUAUUGACGACAAAAGUCAAGGUGACAACUCCUACAAGCUACAGUGUGAGUUCAAAACUCACAGCCUUGUUCAGAAUAUCAAGCGUGAGCCUCUUGAUUCUCCUCCCUGGGGUGAAGGUGAUCAGGAAGGAGUACAAGCAAUAUACCAAAAAAACACUCUUAUGAGUUUUCUGCCCAGCCAAAUGCAGCGAAAUGCUGAGUUUGCAUUUAUUCAAUAACUUUUGCAUUUUCUUUGUAUUUGUAUUCUAGAUAAAUGAAAAAAAAUAUAUAUUGCACUAUUUCAACAAAAGGUCUUCUUUUAUAAGUAUAGCUUACACUGUGGUAAAAGUGUGAUCAGCGCUUAAAAAGCCUUUCUGGCAUAAGACAGGAUUUUAUAGGACUGAUGUUUUGUUUUUUGUUUGUUUUGGAAAAAAUGCAAUGACUUUCUGUUUCAAGUGUUACCACUAAUAAUAAAAAGAAAUGCUUUUGCUUCA